UGUGUGAUAAUGUGUGUUUGUGUUUACCUGUGUGUAUUUGUCUUCGUGUCCCUGUAUCCUCGAUUAUCCUCUGAAAUUUAUUCAGAAUUUUAAUGGCCUUCGCAUAGUAAGGUCGCGAAUAUUCAUGACUGAAUAAAUCGGGAUCCCUACAAAUUAUUUGGUCAAUUGAAAGUGAAAAUGAGUUGAAUUCUGUUUAGUUGCAUUUUCUUUCUGUAAGGCUGUUUAUUGCAAAGUGAGGAAAAGUCUGACCCGUUAUCUACUCCUAAAGUGUAGAUCGAUAUGAGUGGCUGAAGUGGAGGAUGCACUAAAGUCGUUACGAAGAAGCAGAGCACCCGUCUGCAAUGGACCCAUCCCUCUUCUUGCAAUAUUCGCCGCCCACCGGCCUCCCCCAGGAGUCCAAGCUGGCCACCUACAUGAAUCGGUCUACGUCGACCCCGACGCGGUCCCUGAAUCAGGCCCUGGGCAAGCUCAGCCUGGAAUCAUCUCCAACUUCUAUCAAGAAGUUGAACAAUGGAGCUCCACCACCGGUCAUGCCGCAGCAAGUGCUGAUUGGGGAGUUCGUUCCCAUCAACUACUACAGCCCGACCAACAUUCUGCCCGACUCUCCUGAGAGCUCGCCUCCGACUCCGAUGGCUCCCAUGGCCACCAUGCCGGCAAACCCACAAGUUCACCAGGAGAACGUUGGUGGCACCACUUACUUCUACUCCACCAACGACAGCCUGAACACCACCGGCUGUCUCAGUUCUUCUGCUUCACUUGUGGGGGCAGAGGCCUGUAUGGGCCCCGUGGGCUCGGCUGCCGCGUCGCCCUACGCCUCGCAGCUGUACUGCGCCGGGACCCCCACCCACAUGGGUCAUAUGACGCCCGCCAAGCCAGGUCUGGCCGCGUCCUUCUACCAGCCGGAGACCAUUCGCAACGAGAUUUACGAACGCAAUGAAGAUGUGUUUUUGCAGACUGACCUGCGCCAAUACCCAGAUUUGCCCGAGAACGUGGAGAUGUAUUCUGAUCUGACGCCCCUGGAGAGCGCGGCGCCUCACUCCAUGGCGACCAGCUUCCGCGCGGCGCACCGCCACAGCGGCGACCACUAUGCCAUCCGCCGCCUCCAUAACUACAACAGCGUCGGCAACAAACGCCUGGACGCCUGGAAACAAAUCGACCACCCCAAUGUGGUCCGUCUCCACGACUGCUUCACCACCAAGGCGUUCGGCGAUCAUUCCAUGAUCCUGGUGUACGACUACCACCCGGGCUGCGGCAACCUGAUGAGCAAGUACCUGGCCACGGGCGGCCAGGGCUCCUCGGCGGAGGCCAACGGGGCCUACCACGACCCAUUCUCGUCCGACCCGGAUGCACCGAGGCCGUAUACCCACCAGAAGAACGCGAUGCUCCGCGCCGUGGCGUGCGGCGCCCUGCUACCGGAGGCGGUGCUGUGGAGCCUGCUGGUGCAACUCACGGCUGCCCUCCGCGCCAUCCACUCCGCUGGGCUGGCCUGCAGGUACCUAGCCCUAUCCACAGAACAAUAUACUUGGUACAAUUGGGAUGAUGACUGGAAUACCGGCCUUGUUAUGCAUAAAAAGAACUGCGGCAUAAACUGUCCUCUGCGUCAGGCCCAGCAAGAAGACCUGACGGCGCUGGGCCGGCUAGCGCUGGCGCUCGCGUGCCGGACGGUGCACUGCGACAACUUGCCGGCAUCAAUGGACCUCGUGUCGCGCACCUACUCCGCGGACCUCAAGAACCUGAUACUGUACCUGCUUUCUACGACACCGACGCGCCGCUCCGUCACCGAUCUUAUGCCGAUGAUUGGCGCAAGGUUCUAUACUCAGGUGGAGGCGCUCGAACGUCGCGCGGACGCAUUCGAGGAACAGCUGGCUCGCGAAAUAGACAACGGUCGCCUCCUCCGCAUCCUUAUCAAGCUCGGCGUAAUCAACGAGCGUCCAGAGCUGAACAUGGACGCGUCGUGGUCCGAGACAGGCGAUCGGUACAUGCUCAAACUGUUCCGGGACUACCUGUUCCAUGCGGUGACCGAAGAUGGCCGACCCUGGAUCGACCAAGCCCACCUCGCCCACUGCCUCAACCAGUUGGAUGGGGGCACCAACGCGAAGGUGGAGCUGAUGUCUCGGGACGAGCAAAGUGUCCUGGUGGUGUCGUACGCGGAGCUGAAGCAUUGCCUGGAGCAGGCCUUCGACGAGGUGAUGUUAGCGGCGGGGGCGCCGCCCUAGGCCUGCCCUACAGCCCUUGAACGUUCUACGACCUCUUUCUAACCCAAAUGAUCCCGUGCACCUCGAUACCGUAAGCUACUGUAGUUGCCGUUUGAUUACUACCACACACUAAAUGGGUUGAAAUUUUGCUGUUAAAAUAAAUCAUAAUUAUGAGCGGGGACUCCAUUUUGGUUUCGUUAGUACGAGGCGAUCUCUUUAAUGGGAGAUCGACAAGGUUAUGAAUGAGAUGGAAACAAUAACUAACAUUUGCUGCUGGUUGUUACAGCGAACGAACAAACACCACGCUCUACUAUUGGCCUAAUAACAAAAGUUCAUCGCUCGUUGAACACUAGUUUAAAUCAACGAAGAGAGUUGAGUGUCUCGGAAAAUGCCCCGAGCAGUUUGGAAUGAAGUGGUCAGUCUCGUAUGAUGCUUGUGACGUAGGCUCGGUGGUAUUUGAGUUGGAUAUAGGCGAGUAACGGUGCCCGAAAUGAGAUAAAAUUCGACAGUCGACAAAAUAUCAAUGUUGCCGUUUCAACCCAUUUUUACCCAGAUUUUAGGGGAACAUUCACGUAAUAGUUUCUUCAAUGUGUGUAUUAGUUAAGGUUCAAUUUAAUAAGAUGAAUGUUUGUAUCGUUUGCCGCCCGCCUUCCUGUGACGUCGGUGAAAGUGACUGAUCUCAUCUGUGCUGUCAAUUUAAUCGGCGUCAGGGUAGGCAGGGUUUACUAAUAAUCGAUUAAAUGUAAUUCCCCGUAGUUCCCCUUGUUGCCCCGCCAGUGUCUCGGUUACGUCAGGAAUGACCAAAUUUAAUCAUUUGUGGUUUGAAAGAUGGUGUCAGUUGAGACAGUCAAGAUUACACCUAGAUGUACACAAUAUUAUUCACCUUAGCAUAGACAAUUUGAUGCAAGCCAUGCGAAACAUGCGUUUAAUAUUAUAUUCACUUAGCAGUUAAGGGGUGGCCACGCGAACCUGAAUAAAAUGAGGCAACUUGUUUGCCGGUACUCAUAAACAACCAAAGACAAAAUAUCUGUAACAGAUCUCAACGUGAUUUGUUUGGAUAUUGUUUUCGGAUCGCGCAGCUGCCCUUCAAGAAUAUGUUUUUUUAAUAAUGUACGCACACGCGUCUAAAGAUUUGUUGUCUAUAAGAGGACUGUGGCGAUGUAACCAGCUCACCAGUCCGAAGUUACUUAUCUGUAAUAGUAAUAACAUGAGUUUUCAAUAAGUAUACUUUGUUCCUCAGUGUCACAUUUCAUUUUAAUACGUGUCGAUUACUGUCUCGUAGAACGAUCAUGGGCUAAGAAAGAGGCGUUAGAAUUAACAACGUCAGUGGCGCACUGACAUGUGUCAUGAUCACGGUCGGGAACCGCUAUUUGCGCGUUUUAGGAAUAUAUAGGAUAACCGAGGAUGCGUUGGAUCUGGGUUGAGUCGACCCGUGAGUUGCAUCUAAUCGCAGCCGCCACGCUUAUGGACCAGGGCUGCGGAUUCGAGCCACAAGUCACACGUGUCGGCCUGCGAACGGCGUCAUGCAACAGCGGACUCGGAACAAUUCGGCAAGAGCCCCGAGGAGUUUUGUAAUGGAUAGGGUAGCAGAGUAAAUACAGCGAAGAGUAGCUGGGUCCUAUUCCACAAACGUUACACCAUGUUAUCUUCCAUCUGCCACAGAGAAUCAUGCCAGUAAAUGAUUACUUGUGGCGGUUCCGAUACCGCCGUGGGACGCUUGUGGCGUAGACUCGGGGACAUUUGAGUUUGUUGCGCAAGCGGCAGUAUCCGAUCGUGGUCAAAUUUGGAACACUUGUAAUUGAUUGUGUUAAUAUUGUACCUUUAUACCGUCGUCGUAACUCCCAACAGUUUGAGUGUCGUUGCGACGUGAUCUCCGCUAAGGUUUGAUGGGCCUGAUCUCUUCAAGAGUGUUGAAGAACUUUAAUUUACUGCCCGUUUAUCCGUCUCUGGGUUUUGAGCAAACUUGGGAGUUAGAAAGUAUCCGAUAUAGUUAUAUUCCUAGCUGUAACUAGGGUGUUCUUUUGAAACAAAUUAUUUCAUUCGAUUGAUUUAUGUUAUAAUAUGAUUUUCAUGUGUGGGAUUGAGGAUAGGACGGAAUUUAGUGUGCUAGCCCACUUAUGUUUUUGAGAGAAGUUCGUUCGAGUCUAAAUAGUCAUCAUAAACAAGUGUUGGAAUUUGUACAAACGACACGAACGAAAAGAGCCACUUACAUGGAUAAGCCAUGGAGAUCUUUAGUGGACUAUUGUUCCCAGAGAUUGGUUAGCACUGUGAAUGCUGUCUAUGGUCUGUUACAACAUCAGUGUAUCGUACCGCCUGUGAGCCACAAACAUUCCAAACUAACACAAAUAAUGCGAGCGAACUGUGAACAUGGCCGACGACUACGUAGUACGGUCAGGAACAAGCGACUGUUUGGGUGGCAGAAAGCGCUUGGCUCAUAACUCUAUUGAGGGAAAAUCAGCAUUUGUUGGGACUACAAGUAUGCUUGUUCCUGACAGCACAAUAACGCAGUUGCUAUGGUUAUAAAUUGUUAUGUCGAAUCAUUGCUCAAGGUGUGAAAAAAGCAUGUUUUGACCGAGAAGAUAUUAUUAUCACGUCUACUUAUUUUUCUGUUACGAACGAUUUGACCCGAACAAAAGCCAACAUCUUAAUACUUUUAUGUAUUUCAAAUAUUACAUAACCUGUAAUCACUUCUUGUCGUCAGCGAUGUUUGUAUAAUUUAUUAGCAACGACGAUGUUGACACUGGUUUGAAUACUGAUAUUUUUAAGUACCUACAACAAAUAUAAUACAACACGUACAUAGUACGUAUUAAAAACACGAUUCCCUCACAUAAUACAUUUUACAUUCGUGAAAAGUUACAUUUAUUGAAACCAAAGAUCAAAACAUUCCAUGUCUUAUUUGAUGCAUUAGCUGUGUUGUGAUCUUGAUGCAGAUAAGUCGUUACGCUAUUUUAUUAAUUCUUCUCGGUCAAAACCAGUCUUUAUCUGUGCAUUCUGCAAACAUGCGCCACCGGAGUGAAUAUCAUUGGAAAGAAACUACAUUAUCAUUGGCAGUGUCAAGAUUUAUCAUAAAGAUGUGCAAAAUAUGUUUGCGAUUUCGCACCUUGAGCCAUCGUGUUACGGCUGAAUUUGCAAGCAUAUCUGCCCAUGAAUACUAGAAAAGCGUUCGGCCGGUGUGCAGAUUACCAUUGAGUUGAUGAUCAACAUAACACAUAACCCUCGUUAGAGCUCUCGCCUCAGCUUCUGACAAAUAAGAGACCGAGUCGAGACCCAACUCACAGUCUACAGAAAGAGGAGCUGUUUGCAUUGCAGCAUACCGUAAAAGAAAAGUUUUCAAACUUUUAUCAACUUAGCCUGGUGCUCCUUAUUGUUUCGCGUAGUCUCUGGUUGAAGCGCGAUGUGACGAGGGCCUUACGGUUUGGUCUCGUAGAUCUGAAUUAUUAGACUAGGCGCAGACCACCGAUUUUUAGUUGGCCGAUAGUUUGCCCAAUUUUAAUUUGUAUGAAGAAUCGGCUAAAUCAAAUCGGUGUAAUGUGUGCACUUCCAUACAUGGCCAUACUGAUCAUCGGCCGACGAAAAAUCGAUGGUCUUCGCCUAGACUUAGUAUGUAUC